GUCGAUCUUCUCUUCGGACUCUUCCCGUCUGGCCAUGUUCCCAACAUUGGGUUUGUUCAGCACCUUACCUUGUCCUGAAAGACCCAAUUGCAAUAGAGUCAAUUGUAUAUUCAGUCAUGACCCCAAUGUCGUACAACCUCCAACUGUUCGAGUGCCGAUAGAGAUACCUAAAGCGUCAUCGAGUCGGCAUGUUACAGCACCUGUGCCGCCGACCUCACAGACAAGCUUUCCCAAACCUUCUGUAAUUCCUGUAAAGCGCCAACAUUCAUUAGCGUCUGGUGCUGCGGGCUCGAGUAGUAACUCUGCCUCGACUUCUGGUGAACCUCCCAAGAAACUACAACGAAUAGGGACGAUCCAAAGACCAAAUGCCGUCUCGACUACAGUUCAGACAAAUUCGUCCGGGGUUCCUCUCUUGAGGGUCAACCCCGCAAUGUCCCAGGUUGCGAUUCCCGUUCGACAGACGAUGCUGAAAAAUCUAUAUGACCACUUCGUUGUACUGUAUCAGAACAUCAUCGAGGCAAAUCCAACCCUUGCCGCUGAAGAUGCCCUGAGACAGGAGGAGGAGGUUUAUAGCAAAACCAAUAAGUUAACGUAUCGCAAUGCAGUGAUCAACUCAAUUUCUUCCAUCAAGCGACGGCCGUUACCUGAUUCGAGGUCCCAUCCAUCUGUUGGAACUGUAGCAGAAAUUGCCAAGCGUGAAGAAGACAGGAAGAAGUUAGCAGCCUUAAGGCUUACGGUGGCUCAACUUGAACCUCAUCUUCUCACCGUCGAGCAAAUGAAGGAAUUGGGAUAUAUUGUUGACAUACCGCCCGGUGUUGGAGGUGAUCAGCCUAGCGAGGAAGGCUUAAUCAAGACGUGCGAUCGCUGUUCUCAACCGUUCAAGGUGAAACGGAUGGAGGAGGCCGAUGAAUGCGUGUUUCACUACGGAAGGCCCCGACUGCUCAAAGCCAAUGGAGAAAAACAACGAAUAUACACGUGUUGCUCACGGACUAUGGAAGACAAUGGUUGUUCAAGAGGACCUCACGUAUUCUAUGAGUCCGAUCCCGAGGAUCUGCAUCGUCGACAUGCCUUCACUUUCACUCGCCCACCGAUAUCCUCAGAUCAGCCCGAUGAGGGCGGUGGUACGGAAGACAGUGCUCUGGACAUCGUCGCUUUGGAUUGCGAAAUGAUCUAUAGCACUGGUGGCAUGACAGUGGCCCGAGUGUCUGUGGUGGAUUCCAUGGGCACGGAGGUAUUUGAUGAGUUCGUCCGUUUGGAUGACGGUGUGGAAGUCAUUGAUUUCAAUACUCGGUUUUCUGGAAUCAAUGCUGAAAACUACGCAACUGCAGUUCUACCUCUUGCUUCGAUUCGCAAAGCUCUGGAUCGUCUGAUCAAUGCUAACACAAUUAUCAUUGGUCAUUCCUUGGAUAACGAUCUAAAGACACUUCGUAUGAUUCAUCAUCGCUGUGUGGAUACAGUGGCAUUAUUCCCGCAUAGAGCUGGUGCGCCGUUUCGGCGAGCACUCAAAGAUCUAGUCAAGGAACAUCUACAGCGGACAAUUCAAAGCGGCGGUGCCACUGUUGGACACAGUUCCGUUGAAGACUCCGUCGCUACUCUGGAUCUCGUGCGAUAUUACAUGUUAAACAAACCGAAAAUAGCAUCAACACCUUCGAACGAUACAGCUAUCGACGUACUGUAGUCUUGAAACGGAAAAAAUAUACGCAGGAUCUUGUAUACCCAUCGCUUUGUCACUCAUGUAUGAUCUUCUACUUCCUUGCAUCAUUUCCUUGUUGUCCACUGCUUUGCCGCUAUCCAAUGUUCCAUAAUAAAUACACAAGAAGAAUAACAAGUCAGAAAAAAUGAAUCCGUGAAUGUUGUCUUUACCCGCCUCUAGAACCUAGGCUGCCUAGCCUUGCCAUCGUGUCCUCACUGUUCUCCUGCUCUUCAAUACUAUCAGAUUGUGUCACC